ACCUGUCCCGUUCGUCUCUGGACUGUUCCCUCCACGCGCUGCCUCUGAUUGGACCAUCACAAACCGUCUCUAAAGAUCAUUGGAUCUUUUUUGGUUGUUUUUCUGUCCUCGGCUCUGGAUUGGCCGCGUUUUGGUCCGUUUUUAAAGCGUGUUAUCCCUGGUGGGAUGCCACUGCUGCCUCGGGACGCGGACCGCUUCGAUGGGCUGUCGCUGCUGUACUGGAUGAUGAUGGGUCCUCACGGCGUCUCUCGGACCGUCCACAGACUCCAGUUCAGCGACUGCAGGAAAGGACUUGGUGUGAAGAUCAUCGGAGGGUUCAGGGAGCAGACGGGAGAGGACUUUGGAAUCUACGUCAAGAGAGUCGUUUCAGGAGGACUGGCCUCUGUGGACGGUCGGUUGAGGUCUGGAGACUUGAUUCUGGACGUGAACAACAUCAGUUUAAUUGGAGCCACAAACGAGAGAGCGGUGGAGAUCCUGAGGAACGCGUCUCUGUCCAAUAACAUGACUCUGCUCAUCUCCAGGGACGACCAGGCCAGGAGGGAGUUUGUGGAGCUGAUGGACAAAUACAGCUGUAGUCACAUGACCUGUAACCCCAUCGUACGCUCCUCCCCUCCGCACAUCUGCACCGCUUCCAAAGUGACGGACAGCUCCUCAUCUUCAUCCAGAUCUGAGUCUCCUCAACUCCUGAGUCCCAACACCUCAGUGUUCAGGUUAGUCCUGUCCUGCUUUAGUCCUGCUUUAGUCCUGGUUUGUCCUGCUUUAGCCCUGUUUCUCUGUUGCAGUGACAGUGUGAUCCAGCUCAUCUGUGUGUCAAAAGCGUCGGGUCUCGGCCUCGUCAUCAGGGGCGGGGCUAACAGACUUGACGGACCAAUGGUGUUCAUCCAGGAAGUGCUGCAGGGUGGAGACUGUCACAAGGACGGCCGGCUGCAGGCGGGCGAUCAGCUGGUGUCCAUAAACAAAGAGUCUCUGAUCGGAGUCACGUUUGAAGAAGCCAAAGCUAUACUGUCUAAAACUAAGAGCAGACCAGACCCGACAGUAGAAAUCACAUUCAUCCGUCGUCGUUUCUCUUCGGGCUCGAGCAGCGGCCCUCACAGCCCCGUGUCCUCUGCCUGCGCGGGGGCUUCGGGGACGGGCACGGGGCCGGGAUGUGUGGGGGGCACUGGAGGGUCCGGAGGUACAGGGGGACCUCCUGGAGCUUUACCCCAGAACAGGCCUUUCUCCCUGGGACAGCCUCAGCCUCAGACCGCCUCCCCACAGACUCCAGUCUUCACCAAGAUCAGCAGGAACCCCAACUCUGAGACUCUACCAGAGGUCAACAUCAGUGAGGUGAGAGUGACCAGCACAGAAAAAGAGAACUUAACAAAUACAAUCCUUCUGUCUCUCUACUCAGAUCUGGAGCGAGUGGAGAGGGACCAGAGAGAGACCAGAGACCCGCAGCCUGACACUCAGUGCCCCCUCUCAGACUCAGAUGAUACAGAGGAGAUGGAGAGACUGAGGAAGGAGCACAUGGAGGCUCUGAGGGACGUCAAGAGGCUGCAGGAGCAGCUGAGUGAGUCUGAGAGAGCACAGCGCCACCUGGAGGAGGAGCUGGACAAACUGAGACAGGAGGUGCAGAAGGGGGCGGAGCAGAGCCACGCCCUCAGGUCCCAGGUGGAGGAGGCAGAAGAAGCUCAGAAACAGACCAGAGCGAUGGAGAUGGACUAUGAGGAAGUCAUCCACCUACUAGAGACAGAGAUCGCAGAACUAAAGACCCACAAGGACCAGGAGUCUUCGGUGGACGACUUGAAGAAGACUGUGGCUGUUCUCGAGUGUCAGCUCAGAAAAAGUGACUCAACCAAAAAGAGCUUAGAGUCGUGCACCGGGAAACUGCUCAGCUUCAUCGACAACGUUCAAGAGUUUCUGUUGGAAAACCAUACUCCUCUGAAGAGCAGCAGUUCUUUAGAUGUGAAGCAGAGCGGGUCACUAGGGGGCACUCCUCGGGUUAAGAGAACUUCCUGGACAGCGGCGUCUUUGGCGUUGGAGGCGAAGGACCUGAGCCGAAGUGUGCGCUCUGUCAUCGAGGCCGACUCUCUGCCGUACGGAUGGGAGGAGGCGUACACCGACGAGGGAGUCAAAUACUACAUCAAUCAUGUGACCCAAAGCACUUCCUGGACACUCCCUGAUCCUGAACCAAAAACUUUAUCAACCAAAGAAAUGACGACACUCCCCGAGAAAGAAAGGAGCUCUGUGGAGACCGAGAUGUGA